UGCGCAGUGUGUUUUUAAAGUUGGCUGACAUGAAGGGCGUUCGUAUUUGUGUAUCGUCUAAAAACAAGUGAAAAAUAGUGAUUAUUGUAUAAACAUUUAUUUUUCGGACUAUCCAGUGACAAUAGUAGUGCUUAAUUAUCAAUAAACCGGUGGUAACCAGCACCGCUGGUAAAAUACCAGGAUGACGACUGACAUAAGUAUAGUAAGGUGGGACCCCACCUUACAACAGGAGAUAGUGGACGAUUAUGAGUACGAUGGUGGUAACUCAUCCUCAAGACUUUUCGAAAGGUCUCGUAUAAAGGCCUUAGCCGAUGAAAGAGAAAGUGUUCAAAAGAAAACCUUCCAAAAAUGGGUGAACUCCCACUUAGUCAGAGUAAACUCCCGCAUCACAGAUUUAUACGUAGAUAUGAGAGAUGGAAAAAAUUUAAUCAAACUUCUCGAAGUAUUAUCAGGUGAAAGAUUGCCUAGGCCGACAAAAGGAAAAAUGCGUAUUCACUGCCUGGAAAACGUGGACAAAGCGUUGCAGUUCCUGAGGGAACAGCGCGUGCACUUGGAGAACAUGGGUUCUCACGACAUCGUCGACGGCAACCCCCGUCUUUCUCUGGGUUUAAUCUGGACCAUCAUCCUCCGGUUCCAGAUACAAGACAUCACAAUCGAAGAGACCGACAACCAGGAAACCAAGUCCGCAAAGGACGCCCUGCUGCUCUGGUGUCAAAUGAAAACUGCAGGCUAUCACAACGUGAACGUAAGAAACUUUACCACCUCGUGGCGCGACGGUCUCGCUUUCAACGCUUUAAUCCACAAACACCGCCCGGAUUUGAUUCAAUUCGAUAAAUUGUCGAAAUCGAACCCAAUGCACAACCUAAACAAUGCCUUUAAUGUCGCUGAAGACAAACUAGGACUUACUCCACUAUUAGACGCCGAAGACGUGUUCGUAGAGCAACCCGACGAGAAAUCCAUCAUUACCUAUGUAGUAACUUAUUACCAUUACUUCAGCAAGAUGAAGCAGGAGACAGUGCAAGGAAAGCGUAUUGGUAAAGUUGUAGGUAUCGCGAUGGAGAACGAUAGAAUGAUCAAGGAGUACGAAUCGCUGACCAGCGAUCUUUUAGCUUGGAUUGAAUCCACAAUCCAGAUUUUGGGCGAACGAGAAUUCGCCAACAGUUUGACAGGCGUGCAGCAGCAGCUAGGACAAUUCAAUAACUACAGGACUGUUGAAAAACCACCUAAAUUCGUGGAAAAAGGCAACUUGGAGAUCCUUUUGUUCACUUUGCAAUCGAAAAUGAGAGCGAACAAUCAGAGACCAUAUACUCCCAAGGAAGGCAAAAUGAUUUCUGACAUUAAUAAGGCUUGGGAAAGAUUGGAAAAGUCCGAACACGAACGUGAAUUGGCUCUUCGCGAAGAAUUGAUUCGUCAAGAGAAAUUGGAACAGCUCGCAGCAAGAUUUAACAGGAAAGCUUCGAUGCGCGAGACCUGGUUGAGCGAAAACCAGAGGUUGGUAUCGCAAGACAACUUUGGGCAAGAUUUGGCCGCUGUCGAGGCCGCAGCUAAGAAACACGAGGCCAUCGAAACCGACAUCUUUGCAUACGAAGAACGCGUCCAAGCCGUUGUGGCUGUUGCUUCCGAGCUGGAAGCAGAAAACUAUCACGACAUGGAACGUAUCAAUGCCAGAAAAGAAAACGUCCUACGCCUAUGGAAUUACCUAUUGGAAUUGCUUAGAGCCAGGAGGAAGCGAUUAGAUCUUUCUCUGCAAUUGCAACAGAACUUCCAAGAAAUGUUCCACAUUUUAGACGCCAUGGAAGAAUUGAAAGCAAGACUCCUGACCGACGAUUAUGGCAAACACUUGAUGGGUGUGGAGGAUUUGCUACAAAAACACAACCUUUUGGAAGCCGACAUCAAUAUUCUUGGCGAAAGAGUUAAGGCCGUUGAAAACCAGUCAAAGAGGUUUGUCGAUGCCGAAGACGACGAAGAUCACAAGGGAUAUAAACCAUGCGAUCCCGCACUGGUAUUGGAACGCGUUCAACAACUCAAAGAAGCCUACGCCCAAUUGGUGCGCUUGGCAGUCGAAAGACGUUCCAGACUCGAGGAAAGCAAGAAAUUGUGGCAGUUCUACUGGGAUAUGGCUGACGAAGACAACUGGAUCAAGGAGAAGGAACAGAUCGUGUCCACUUCCGAUAUCGGCCACGACCUUACAACUGUUAACUUGUUGUCGAGCAAACACAAGAUUCUCGAGAACGAGAUUUCCGCUCACGAGCCACAGCUAGAAGAAGCCACCAAUGUAGGCGAAGAGUUAAUCAAAUCCGGCCACUUUGGCGCAGAGAAAAUCCGCGAGCGUCUAUCUGAAAUCCAAGGCGCUUGGAAACACCUCUUGGACUUGGCCGCCCAACGCCGCCAGCGUUUGGAGGAGGCUGUCGAUUAUCAUCAGCUGUUCGCCGAUGCCGACGACGUGGACGUCUGGAUGUUGGAAACACUUCGCAUGGUUUCCAGCGAAGACGUUGGGCGCGACGAGAGCAACGCCCAGAGUCUGCUCAAAAAGCACAAAGACGUCACCGAGGAACUCAAGAACUACUCCAGCGUUGUCGAUGCUUUGCACCAGCAAGCCGAGGCUUUGGGACCGGAAGUCGUCGGCUCCCCGGAAGUAUCUCAGAGACUAACUUCGAUCGACAACAGGUACAAGGAACUGUUGGAGUUGGCCAAGUUGCGCAAACAACGUCUUCUCGACGCCCUCUCCCUCUACAAGCUUCUCUCGGAAAGCGACGGAGUCGAACAAUGGAUCAGCGAAAAGGACCGCAUGUUGCAAACGAUGAUCCCCGCCAGGGACAUCGAGGAUGUCGAGAUCAUGAAGCACCGUUACGACGGAUUCGAGAAAGAAAUGAACGCCAAUGCGUCCAGAGUUGCCGUCGUCAACCAGUUGGCCAGGCAGUUAUUACACGUCGAACAUCCCGACUCGGAACAAAUCACUUCCAGACAAAACCAGCUCAACCAGAAAUGGUCGGAAUUGAGGGAGAAGGCCGAAAGCAAGAGGGAGGAAUUGAACUCCGCUCACGGUGUCCAGACUUUCCACAUCGAGUGCAGAGAGACCACCACCUGGAUCGAAGACAAGAUCAGGAUUUUGACCAGCACCGAUUCCUUGGAGAUGGAUCUUACCGGUAUCAUGACAUUGCAGAGACGUUUGUCUGGUAUGGAACGCGACCUUGCCGCCAUCCAGGCUAAAUUGAACUCUUUGGAAAAAGAGGCUCAAUCGAUCGAGGAAGAGCAUCCAGAAGAAGCAGCCGUUAUCAGGAAGAGAAUUGAAGAAAUCCAAAUCAUUUGGGAGAGACUCACUCUUAUGCUAAAAGAACGCGACUCCAAGUUGGAAGAGGCUGGCGAUCUUCAUCGCUUCUUGCGGGACUUGGAUCACUUCCAAGCAUGGUUGACCAAGACCCAAAAAGACAUCGCUUCCGAAGAUGUGGCUAACUCUUUGGCCGAAGCCGAAAAAUUGUUGUCUCAACACCAAGCCAUCCAAGAAGAGAUCGCAAACUACACCGACGACUACAAGAAGAUGAUGGAAUAUGGAGAAAAGAUCACUGCCGAUCCCACUACACAAAACGAUCCUCAGUAUAUGUUCUUGAGGGAACGUCUAAAGGCUUUGAAGGACGGCUGGGACGAAAUCCACCAGAUGUGGGAAAACAGGGCUCAACUCCUUUCCGAAUCAUUGAGCUUGCAGUUGGUGAAUCGCGAUGCCAGACAGGCCGAAGUUAUUCUCAGCCAACAAGAACACGUCUUGGGCAAGGACGAAACUCCUACCACAUUGGAACAAGCCGAGAACCAACUAAAACGUCACGAAGCUUUCCUGGCCACCAUGGAAGCAAACGACGACAAAAUCAACGGAGUCAUUCAAUUCUCCCAGAAAUUGUGCGACGAGGGACACUUUUCCGCCGACAAGAUCGCCAAAAGGGCCGAUAAUAUUGAAGAACGUCGUGCUGCUAACAAGGAGAAGGCUGUUGCUUUGAUGGAACGCCUCAGAGACCAAUUGGAGUUGCAGCAAUACCUCAGAGAUUGCGAUGAGUUGCAAGAAUGGAUUCAAGAGAAACACAUCACCGCUCAGGAUGAAACAUACAGAUCCGCCAAGACUGUGCAUUCCAAAUGGACGAGACAUCAAGCAUUCGAAGCUGAAAUCGGCGCCAACAAGGAGCGCCUUCAUAAUCUCCAAUUGGCCGGACAAGAGUUGGCCAGAGAGAAGCCUGAGUACAAAGAAGCCAUCAGUCCCAAAAUUGACGAACUAGGCGAUCAGUUCGACGUUUUGGAGCAAACCACCAAGGAGAAGGGCGAACGCCUCUUCGACGCCAACCGCGAGGUGCUCAUACACCAAACAUGCGACGACAUCGACUCGUGGAUGAACGACCUCGAGAAACAAAUCGAAUCCGACGAUACCGGCACCGAUUUGGCGUCGGUCAAUAUCCUCAUGCAAAAACAACAGAUGAUCGAAACCCAAAUGGCUGUCAAAGCUCGCCAAGUGGACGAGUUGGAGAAACAAACCAAACACUUGGAGACCGCCGCUCCUGAAAAAGACAUGGAAGACAUCAAAGUCAAAAAAUCCAAGGUCGAACAACGUUUCCAAAAACUCAAGGAUCCCCUUAUCGAAAGACAGAGGAUCUUGGAGAAGAAGAAAGAAGCGUUGCAAUUCAGGAGAGACGUGGAGGAUGAGCUUUUGUGGAUAGCGGAAAAAAUGCCUCAGGCGUCUUCCACAGAAUACGGAAACGGAUUAUUCCAGGUGCACACUUUGGAGAAGAAGAACCAGUCGCUCAGGACCGAAAUUGAUAACCACGAGCCCAGAAUUAAUACCGUAUGCAAUAAUGGACAAAAACUCAUCGAUGAGGGUCACGAGGAUUCCUCUGAAUUCGGUCACUUGAUCGGCGAGCUCCACGAAGCCUGGCAAGAACUAAAAGACGCCAUCGAAAAACGCCGCGAAAACUUGCUGCGCAACAAAAGAGCGCAACAAUACCUGUUCGACGCCAACGAAGCCGAAAGCUGGAUGUCCGAACAAGAACUCUACAUGAUGGUGGAAGACCGCGGCAAAGACGAAACCUCCGCCAGGAAUUUCAUGAAGAAACACGAGAGCCUCGAAGCAGCCGUCGAAUCGUACGCCGACAACAUCAGGACGUUGGGAGAGACCGUUCGAGCAUUGGCCGCCGAAGGUCAUCCUUUGGCCGAGCAAGUUGCCGUCAAACAGUCGCAGCUCGACAAACUGUACGCCGGACUUAAAGACUUGGCUGGAGAACGUAGAGCGAAGUUGGACGAAGCUUUGCAGUUGUUCUUGUUGAACAGGGAUGUUGGCGACUUGGAGCAAUGGAUCGCCGACAGGGAAGUCGUCGCUUCUUCCCACGAGUUGGGACAGGACUACGACCACGUCAAUCUGCUGUGGGAAAGGUUCCAGGAGUUCGCCCACGACACCAACACCAUCGGAAGCGAGCGCGUGAACGCGGUCAACGCCACCGCCGACGAUUUGAUCGCCGCCGGUCACUCCGAUUCGGCCACCAUCGCCGAAUGGAAGGACGGCCUCAACGAGGCCUGGCAAGAUUUGUUGGAACUGAUCGAAACCAGAUCGCAGAUGUUGCUCGCCUCCAGGGAGCUUCAUAAGUUCUUCCACGAUUGCAAGGACGUGCUCGGCAGGAUAUUGGAAAAACAAGUGUCCAUGUCUGACGAGUUGGGCAGAGAUGCCGGCAGCGUGUCCGCUCUGCAAAGAAAGCACCAGAACUUCCUGCAAGACUUGCAAACUUUGCAGUCGCAGGUCCAACAAAUCCAAGCCGAGUCGGAGAAAUUGCAGGCCAGCUACGCUGGAGAUAGAGCCAAGGAGAUUACGAACAGAGAACAAGAAGUCGUUGCCGCUUGGGCCGCCCUGCAAACCGUGUGCGACCAACGCAGGGGCAAAUUGGCCGACACCGGCGACCUCUUCAAGUUCUUCAACUUGGUCAGGACGCUGAUGCAAUGGAUGGACGACCUCAUCAGACAAAUGAACACCAGCGAGAAACCAAGGGACGUCUCCGGAGUCGAGCUGUUGAUGAACAACCAUCAAAGCUUGAAAUCGGAGAUAGACGCACGCGAGGACAAUUUCACUGCUUGCAUUUCGUUGGGCAAGGAAUUGUUGCACAGGAAUCACUACGCCAGCGCCGAGAUCAAGGACAAAUUGGUCUCGUUGAACAACCACAGGGGCUCCGUGCUUCAAAGAUGGGAGGAAAGGUGGGAAAAUCUGCAACUAAUUCUCGAAGUAUACCAGUUCGCUAGAGACGCAGCCGUAGCAGAACAGUGGCUCAUCGCCCAAGAACCUUAUUUGAUGAGCACUGAACUGGGACACACCAUUGAUGAUGUUGAGAACCUCAUCAAGAAACACGAGGCUUUCGAAAAAUCUGCCGCCGCGCAGGAGGAAAGAUUUAGCGCUCUCGAAAGGCUAACAACGUUAGAAAAAGGUGGUGGCCAUUUUAAUUGUAGCACGCAUGAUUUUUCACCGUCCUCCACGGUUUAUCCUACACUUCUGCCAACUUACACAAAACACAAACCUGCCUCUUUCCGUACGUUAACGCCUCAAUACACCUGCGAUUUGGUGCACGCAAUUGUGCACGAUGUCGGUAAAUUUUACAAACCUUAUAGGCAAUGUCGACGAAAAUUCACCCUCGAAGGAGUGGAGAAAUUUUAUCCAGAUAGUUGCCUAAAAUUCGAUAAACAAGUUAGCUUCCUUCAUAAAAACAGUAAAGUAGAUGAUGGUUUAGAAUAUUUUCAAAGCGAUAAGUUUAAGUGUCAGGAUUUCAUAACGGCGGAGUGUUAUGCAAUUUAUUUGGAAAAUUGCGAUAAGUUAACUGAGGCAGGUUUGAAUCGGUUUAAUGUUGUGUUCGAACUUAGAGAAUUGAAAAAGCGGCAAGAGAAAGCUGAAGCGGAAAAGCGAGCCCAGCGCGAAAAGGAGGAAGCGGAAAGAGCGGCAGUGCUUGCCGCAGCCCAGGCGGAAGCGGAUGCUGCCUCUUCUGAUAGGCCGGAUUCUGCCGCUGCUGCCGAAGAAAGACAAAUGCAUGGAUCAACGUCACCAAGUCAACGUAAGACCUUACCGUAUUCCACCCUGUCACCAACGGAGAAGACACCGCGUUCGCAAACAAAACGUGGCGGAGCCGGCGACAAAGAAGCCUUCGAAGGCAACCUGGUGCGAAAGCACGAAUGGGAGAAUACGACGGAGAAGGCGACGAACAGAUCUUGGGACAAGGUGUACGGCGUGCUACAAGGCAACCAGCUCGCCUUCUACAAGGACCAAAAGACCGCCAAGUCCACGCCCGAUCAGCGUUUCAAGGCCGAAGCACCUUUGGCUCUGUUGGGCGCCACCGCCGAAGUGGCCAAGGACUACAAGAAGAAGAAGCACGUCUUCAGACUGAAGUUGGAUGGCGGUGCAGAAUUCUUAUUCCAGGCGCACGAUGAUGCCGAAAUGAACAUUUGGAUUUCGCGCAUCAGCGCGCACGCCGAUUCUGAUUCGUCGGGCCCCUCUCGCUCGCAGACACUGCCUGCGUCUGCGCAGAAGGAGGACUCCAAACGACGCAGCUUCUUUACUCUUAAGAAAACAUAAAUCUGUGCUACUUUAAUUGAAAAAUCCGUAUCUUUACGCUUUACCUGAUGGAUUCAAGUCCAAUCUCCUUUGCCCUUCUUUUUUAUAUUUAGCAUAUUUAAUAUAUUAUAUUUUUCAUAGUAGUUGCACAUUAUAGUAAUUUUAAUGUAUAGAACUGUGGACAUGCUGGAAAUGGUUUGUGCCUGUGACUUGACAACUCAUAGUUUCGAAUUGCUGAUUUACACGACAAUUCCGGAACAAUUACAAUAAUUUUUACCGUUUCUACUGGAGUUACGGCAUGUUUCAUUCCAACACGUCUGCUAUUUAAAUUUAAAUGUAUAGUAAUAUAUAUUAUGUGAUUAAAGUUUAAAUAUUUAACUGGGGCACAAUAAGAAAUGAUACACUCCAGAAAAGAACCGUGUUUGAAAUUUAUUUAUUAAUCAAAAAGUUGAUGUAUUGUCCCCUUGUAACCCAUAUGAUACCUAGAUAUAUAAAAAUAAUUCAACUUUGGCAGUUUUUAUCCUGCCUUCAUUUGUAUUCUCUUACAUAUUAUUUGUGUUGCAAUAAUUCUUAUUUAAAAAAUUGCUUUGCUUUGCAAAAGCUGAGGUGAUGAGUCAAUUUUUUUAUUACAUAUAGUUUUGUAAUUUAUGGUUAUUUUACAUACAAUGUGUGCUUUUAAAAUGGAGUUAUAUUAAAUAAAUAUUGUUUUUAGUA